UCCUAAUCUUUAGAACAAUACCAAACACUUUACCCAAAACCCUCAUCCAAAUUUCGUGUUUUGUUCUUUAAAUCGGAUCGGAAUCCAGUAACAUCGCAUAUAUCUGUUUCAAUUUCAUACAAAAUGAGUCGAUUCUGGACGUUGAUGUCUGGUGUCCAUCAAUUAGCUGGACCUGUAACAAUGUUGUUGUACCCACUUUACGCAUCGGUGGUGGCGAUAGAAAGCGCGUCAAAAGAAGACGAUCAGCAGUGGCUUUCUUACUGGAUCUUAUACUCCUUCCUCACUCUCGUGGAGAUGCUUCUUGCAUCUGUUCUUGAAUGGAUUCCGAUAUGGUAUGAUGUGAAGCUGAUAGCGGUGGCGUGGUUGGUGUUGCCGCAGUUCAGAGGAGCUGCUUUCAUCUACAAUAAGUUCGUGAGGGAGAAGGUGAUUAAGAGAUACUACCCUGGGAUUGGAGGAGGAGAGCACAAAUCAUCGUCGUCGUCCCCAAAUGGAAAGAUGAAGAACAAGCUUGCUGAUCUUAUGACCACUAAGAAAUCCAGUUGAUUGGGUUAAGUUGGCAGUAUAUUAUUGUUUAACAACUGACUUUGUUUACUAUGCUUUCGUUUUUCGUUUUUCGAUUUGAGGUUUGAUUUUAAGUUAAAGUGGGUUGUGAUUGGGUAUGAUUCCCACAGUUGUAUUGAAGAAUGAAAAUGAAGAACUGGUUUCUGAUUUCUUUA